CAGCAGCAGCAACAGUCUCGUGCUUGGAUCACUGACUGGAGGACAGCAGCAGCAGCAGCAGCAGGAUACAUCCCAAACCAAACUGCCUGAGCAACAUGGUCGUUGUCAGAAUCGCGGCUUGGCUGUGUCUGCUGCUGGGCGUCUCGCUCCAGCUGGACGUGAAAAGUGGAAAAGAGGCAGGAAAAGCCGGGAAUUUCAUGGAAGAUGAGCAGUGGCUGUCAACCAUCUCCCAGUACAGCCGUAAGAUCAAACACUGGAAUCGCUUCAGAGACGAAGUCGAGGAUGACUACAUCAAAAACACGGAGGAGAACACUGGCUCUGAUGAAACUGUUGACACCACCAAGGACCCAUGCCAGAAUGUGAAAUGCAGCCGGCAUAAGGUCUGUGUCGCUCAGGGCUACCAAAGGGCCAUGUGUGUCAAUCGCAAGAAACUGGAGCACAGAGUCAAGCAGUCAGGGCAGCUGGAUCUGCAUGAAAGCACCUGUAAACCUUGCCCUGUGGCUGCCUCUUCACCUGUAUGUGGCUCUGAUGGACACAACUAUGCCUCAGAGUGUAAGUUGGAGCAGCAGGCUUGCCUCACAGGCAAAGACCUGAGCAUCAUGUGUACUGGAUUCUGCCCCUGCACCACAGCCUCGAUCACAAGGACUGAAACAAAACGAGAGAGCUGCACUGGCCAGGACCUGGCAGAUCUGGGUGACCGCCUGAGAGACUGGUUCCAACUCCUUCAUGGAAACGCGAAGCAGAAUAACUCUGGCAAGCCUGGUGCUGGCACCACUUCAGUGCUGGACAAAAGCCUGGUAGCCAGCUGCAAAGACUCCAUCGGCUGGAUGUUCUCCAAGCUAGACACCAACAGCGAUCUGUAUCUGGACCAAGCUGAGCUGGCUGCUAUUAACCUGGACAAGUAUGAGGUCUGCAUCCGACCCUUCUUCAACUCCUGUGACAGUUACAAGGACGGAAAGGUUUCUACAGCGGAGUGGUGCCUGUGCUUCUGGAGAGAAAAGCCGCCGUGCCUUGCUGAGCUGGAGAGGAUCCAAGUGCAGGAAGCUGCCAAAAAGAAGCCUGGAAUGUAUAUUCCCAGCUGCGAUGAGGAUGGCUACUACAGGAAAGUGCAGUGUGACCAGAGCAGAGGGGAAUGCUGGUGUGUUGAUCCACAUGGAGGAGAGAUGACAGGCUCCAGAAUCCAUGGCAUUCCUGACUGUGAUGAAGUAGCCGGAUAUUCUGGAGAUUUUGGGAGUGGGGUGGGAUGGGAAGAUGAAGAAGAAAAGGAGGCAGAGGACAACGGGGAGGAAGCAGAGGAGGAAGAGGAGGAGGAGGGUGAGGCAGAUGAUGGUGGGUACAUCUGGUAGAACUGUUUGACAUCUCAAGGAGAGCACAGCACCUGGCCUGAAAAUUACCAAGCAUGGCUCUCAACUACAAGGAAAAGCUUGUGGGAUCUGACUGGGGACGUAUGGAAUUGCCCUGGUGAGAUUUGUGGUGCUUAGAAGGUCCAAUGAUGAGACGAUGAGCUGUUUUUUGUUUUUAUUUUUUUCUUUUGUCAUAGAUAAGUGUAAUUGCUUCAUUCUAUUCUCUGUUUUUUGAGCAACAGAGCUUUGUGUAUUUCUGUCCUGAAGAGGGAUAGCCACUGACUCUUGUGCCAUAGGUAGCUAAAGUCCACCAAAAUUCCUAUCUUGUCUUAACGCCAUCUAUGCAUAUAGAGAUUACAAGUAAUUUUGUAUUGUGUAAACAGUUGCUUGAGUAUUAGAGUCACGGUCCCACUGGAAUAAAUAGAGAUCAGACGUAAAACAAACAGUUUGACAAUUUAGGAGAUAAGCUUAUUUGUCUUCUUGAAGAGGGUUAGAUGAGAUAAUAAAUACCAGUCUCGGGUAAAAAUGAUGUGAGAUUGAGGAGAUGGCCAGCUUAGAUUUGCCUAAAGAUCAAGAAGGGGAACAGUUACUUUUUACUUUGUCCCAAGAAGGGAAAAGGUUCAUUAUCCGCAUCCAACAGAGCAUCUAUAAGACACACCUCCAUAGAAGAUCUGUUGCCAAUGUUCCGGUUUCUCCAGAGGUCCAAACUCCAUACACUGUCAAAGCUUCAUAGAACUACACAAUUUCAGGCAUUUUAUUUGAACAAAGUCAAAGAUUUUUGUUACUGUACUAGCUGAAUCUCCUAUGUUUCAUUUUUUAAAUCCCUGAAAACAAAGUGACAUAUGGGUCAGCUAGGCUGACAAACCUACAGCGGAUUAUCGCUCUCCUUUACAGCGUUGCUGCUCUACGAUAAAUUUAGCUGCGUAUGAUUCACAAACGUUUCAGCUCAUUGUUGCUAGCCUUGUUGCCCCAUCCAGUCUUGUUAGAAACCUGAAACAGGAGGCGUUACGCGCUUAGUGCCAAACCAUAAACAGACACAGAACAGCUGGUAGCAGCCAAAGAACCAAAUAAUAAGAGACCUAAUAAAAAGCUUCUUUAAGUAAAAAUAAAGACAUUAAGUAGUGAUGUAAAUUGUCAAAUUUGCAUAUUUACUAAACUGUCAAACUGUUCUUUUAAAGCACUUCAGUGGAUACAUGUUUUAAAAACUAUUUAUGUAUAUAGAACCAGUGUAAAAGCAGAAUUAAAGGUUACUAUGGUUUCAAGCUACCUUUAUGAUUGGGGUGCAUCACAUCUCAUUGCAGUUUUUAAAUGAUCUGAAUGAAACAGACACAGACACACACACACACACCGCUGUAUGAGACCUAAAUUUCAAAUUUAAGGACCCAAACUGCAUCCAUAGUAGUCCUAUUGUCCUAUGUUAACUCUAAAAUUAUGGUAAAGAAUGUGCCACAAACUGUUUUUGUUUGAGUUUGCAACUUGAAAAACUGUAUUUUGUGUUUAUUUAAAAAAAGAAAAGAAAAGAAAAAAUAUGUGCAUUACUUGAAGUUCUACAUGGAUUCACACUGUACUUGUUUUUUCUAUAAAAAUAUUGUUGCCGUGUCUUCAUUCAUGCUAUUGGUAGGCCAAGCGUUUGUUUUUAGUAUUGCAUGUUAGUAAGUAAGAAUGUACUUCUAUGCUGAGCACUUUACUAAUAAAGGCAAUGGAGCCAAAUUGUUAACUUGAA